CUGGUAUUAAAGGACUGUAGAUCUACUAAAACGCGAUUUUGAACACAAGCUCUAAAAGGUAGUAUAUAUGCUGUCGGCAUAUUUUAUUAGAAACAACUACUAGAUGUUUGUGAUGAGUUCGUUAAUUCCAUCAAUUGACGUCUACAACUGGUGUCUCCCUCUAGCGAAAGAAAUUGGAAUUAAGGUUCUGAACUUUUGAGUGAUUUCGAUUUUCUGUAUCAUCUAAAAUUGCCAGGACUGACUUAUACAGCGUAAUUUGCUGGUACGUUAUCGAAGUUGAUAUAUAGAUUACAUGGACUCAACCAUACUAUCUUUUGUUCUUAACGAUAUCAAGGUAGAUAUCGGUGACUAAACUGGUAUCAUUUCAAUCUUAAGACAAGACAGGAACAAUAUCUGGUGACAGGGUAAUAUCAACUGUGAUAAAAGGUAUCUUAUGCUAUGCUGAUUAAAAUGGUUUUGAUGAAUAAGGAAAAUGUAAAUGUAUGUCUUCUUUAUAAUUGUAUUAACCUUGAAACGUUGUAUAAUGAUUCAUUUCUAAUUCUUUGUCUACGAUAUUGAUCGAUAUCAUUGAAGUUUAAUGCACAACAUGCCUCUAUAAAAAAAAUUGAAAAAAAUCCCCAAAAUAAAAAAGAACUACGUUAUAUUCAGGAAAACAAGCCAACGUUUUUUGUUUCAGGUCAUGGCCUCGAUAUGAACAUGAAGAAGUAUCUUAUAUUUUAUGCUGUCUUGUUAGUGGGCGUGGCUUAUUAUGUAUAUUACCCUUUCCCACCUGACGCCGACGAACCGUGGAAACAGAUGAUGUCUAUGGUCAUGAUACGAAUGAUCAAUCAUGUGUGUAUCUUUGAAGAAAACAUUGGCUGUUCAUCCGAAAUACAAUGUAGAAAACGAUUUUCCCGAUUUCUGACGAAAUCCCGCGAGGAGCUCAGUGACGAAAAUCUAGAGGUAACAGAACCUUUGUUUGGAGGUGUAAAAGUGAGACUCUAUGUUCCGAGGGAUUCGAACACAGAACGUAGAGGGUUUGUGUAUAUACAUGGCGGAGGAUGGUAUUUGGGAAGCGUCAGUACAGUUGACGAGAAGACACGGGAGAUAGCCCAGACUUUAAAGGCAGUAGUAGUAUCCAUUGAUUACAGACUUGCCCCGGAACAUUCGUAUCCAAUACCGCUAGAAGACUGUAUCAAUGCCACCACACAUUUUCUCAGAUAUGCCAAGGAUUAUGGAGCAGAUCCAACGAGAAUAGGGAUAGGGGGUGACAGCGCAGGUGGAAACCUUGCUAUGGCAGUAGCAUUGAAACUAGCAAAAUCAAGGGAAACAACUCUUCCACCUCUACGUACUUUGUCUCUUGUGUACCCUGCACUACAGAUGGUGGAUUUCAAUCUGUCUUCAUACAUCACCUACACAGACGGACCGUUCUUAAUUACGAAACGUUUAAUGAUUUCCGCCUGGCUUAUUUACGCAUUCGGCCAUGAAGAUCCUUUUCCUGAGUUUUUCAAUAACAGGCACCUGUCAGCAAAGUCGAGAAAUAACAUCAGACAUUAUCUUAAUGAUACAUUUCCCCCGGAAAAUGACAGUGAGGUACAACUCAAAAGAGUGGUUAUUUUGACGAAAGUCUAGCUAGAGAUAUAGAAAGUGUUGUAUCUAACCAGUUUAUUUCACCAUUACUAUCACCUGACGAAGAUUUACGGAAACUACCGAAGAUGCUUUUAUUUACAUGCCAAUAUGAUCCGCUUACAGACGAAGGAAGAAUUCUUGUCAAACGUCUUAACAAACUUGGGAUUCCCAUUGUUUAUAAACAUUUCUCUGGCGUUCAGCACGGCUUUUUCUCUUCUAGGUUUGAUGUCAUGAUGAAAUGGAAACAGGCCUUAACCAACUAUAUAGAGUUUUUGGAAAAUGAGCUUUAAUGUAAACUGAAAACAAGAUAUGUUUGUAUUAAAUGACAAUGUCCUUGACGUCAUAUUCUGGUUCAUCGUUCAUUGAGUGAUUUUAUAAAAAACAAAACAAUGUUAAUGUACCUAAUCAUUCAUUGAUCCUUUAUGAAGUGGCGCGAUGAAGUAAUAAUUCGGUGAUAUUUAUCCCGGACUCGCCAUUUCAAUAAGGCAUGAAUAAUACUAGAAAGGUUUACCAAAACAACCUCAUUAUAAACAAUCCGUACUUGAUACGAAUAUUAUCUAACAACACUCAUUUAAACAAUAUUUAUGCAAUUUCAUCAAUAAUCAUUUGGAAUAGCAAUAAGACGUUCAGUCUGCCUGUUAAAACCAUCGUUUUUGUUUCUUUUCAUGUGACAUUUUAUCCUUCACGCCAUGCUUCUCUCGCUUUCCUUUGCCCGAUCCAUAUAACCGACAUGUGAUGGCUUUUAAUAUAUUGAAGUAAUAAUUUAUUUUCUUAUAUGAUCACCCUCUUUCUUUAUAGCAACAUCCCUUCAUCUACCAACUGCACUGCCUAUAUCGUGCAACUGAUUAUAUAUGGAAAUGGACAACUUCACAUAUAGUGUCAGGAAAAGAUACAUAAGCAUACUAUGAUAGAAAGAUAGAUAGAAAAUUCGUGUUUUUUAUCUUUAUUUUCAAAACAUCCUUGUAUACAAAUAAUUCUAAUCGUCUAAAUCCGUGAACAAAAUGUCUUUUUUAUAAAACAAAUAUUAUUUUCUUUAACAAGUAUGAGUAUUGUGACAGCAGGUUUUCGUAAACGUCUGUGAUGUUUUCUGGUCGAGAUUUAUAUUAUCGAAUAGGCGGUUUUGAGAGCAUGUAUUGAUGAAAACUCAUACAGACCCAUAGUUUGUACGUAUUAAAUACAAUUGCUGUUACAUUUUUAGCCCUCAGUAUGAUAACAGUUUUUUAAUGAAGCAUUUUAUAUCUAAGUAUCAAAAUAAAGUUCAAUGAAAAUUACCAAAUUGAUAUGAAAUUCAAACUAAGCACUACGAUAUAAUCCCAUGAUAUACCAGAAAAUUGUUUGUUUCAAUAAACGUCUUUCAGAUAUUCUUCUUUUCCAACUUUACAUGUACAAUAUUACCUUUUAUCUGCUAAUGUUAACCUGUUAUUGUAGGUGUAUUUUUAGAAAUAAAGUGUUCUGUUUAAA